UUGAAUGUUAUUAGCUGGGUUAAAAAGUGAUGAUUCAAAUGGGUUGUGGAUCUUCAAAAAUAAGUGUCAAGGAGCAUGAUAUAGAAGCCCAGAAACAAAAUGGCGAGAAACCACGAGAAAAUAAGGUUGCACCCGAGCUGGGUCGUCUGCUUUCCACUUACCAGUUGAUCCCAUCAUUUAAGGAAUGCGAGGAGCUACACUGCUAUGCAGACGAUGUGGAGAAGGCCAAACUUCUGCCCCCACCCGUACCACCUCCCACAACGAAGAGCGAAAUCUUCGACAUAAAUCAAUUCAAAAAAGUGGACGAGCGAGCUCUAAAGGCACCAUCCAAGUUACUUAAGCAACCAUUAAGUAACUUAGUGGAAUACCUGACAGAGGGUCUAGAGGAUGACCUACAGAAAGUCCGUGUCAUUUACCGAUGGGUGACAUGCCAACCCGUGGACAGCAUGAAAAUUCCCAACAAAGAACCCUCACAGUCACAUACUUUGUUCCAGCUAUGGCGAAUCAAACACAGAAAGGGCAACUAUGCACAACUCAUUAGCCUUCUCUGUCGAUUUGCCCAGUUGCCAUGUAUAAUCAUUCACGGUAAAUUGAAAGGAUCCACGUAUGAAGUUGGGGAAAAGUUAGAUGAGGAACAACACUAUGGUGAGUGGAACGCUGUGUUGGUAAAUGGAUACUGGCGCUUCAUCAACGCUUACUGGGGCACAUGCGCAGAAGGUGGAACGGAGGACGAAAUGUGGGAAGUCGUGGAUAGAGGUGAAGGGGAAAUGAGUAGUGAUAAACAGAACAGGCAGCUGUUUUAUUCUUGUGAUGAGAACUAUUUUCUUACGGACCCCGAGCAGAUGGUCAGUACGCACUUGCCAAGUAAAUCGCAAUGGCAGCUUUUAGCAAAUCCGGUCACAGAGGACGAUUUCACAGAAAACGCAUUUUUGAAAGACAGAUAUUUCAAUAUGAACUUGAAAUUGAAGAAACCAAAGAAAUGUGUUGUAAUGUGUGAAAGUGAAACAGAACUAAUAUUUGAGCUGCCAAAAGAAAGGUCUCUUAAUCUUGACUUCCAGCAUCUUCUAUUCCGAAUGAAAUCAACCCAAGGAAACCUCCCUAGGUAUGAUCGGUAUGUGUUCCUGCAGAGAUCAAGCGACGAAACGCUGUCAAUACGAGUACGGUCACCUGUUGCCGACACGUUUCGAUUUGAGCUCGUUGGUAAGGAUGUUACAUUGAGGGACAAAACUUAUGAUUAUGACUGGGUUGCCAUAUACAAGUUAGUAUUUGGAAAAGAUGAUGACUCAAUAGAGCCUUUCCCCGAAUGUCCUAUUAUUGGUUGGGGGCCUGGCCGAGCCACCAUGGAAUGUGGUUUAGCACCCAUGAGUCACUUUGGAGGAGAGAUCAAAAAUAGAGACGAUGGAAAGAUCGAAGUGAGGUUUGGAACCACCAGUGAGAAGGACUGGAGUAAGAUGAAAAUUCACGGAGAGUUAGUGAAAGGAGGAGGUGAAAGUGAGGUUAUACCUGAUCAUGUGAUUCAUCGUGUGGAAAAUGGUGACGUCAUAUUUAACGUGAACACACCGAAGUCUGGGGAGUACGCUUUGAAACUGUAUGCGAAGGGUGACCGGGACAGAGAAACUAAAAAUAUUUGCAAUUACAUGAUUGACUCAGAGCAAAAAGGAGAAAACUAUGCAUUUCCACGUGGAUUUCAGGGUGGUCUUGGAAAAAAAGAUGCAUUUAAUUCUAUGGGUCUUCGAGCAUUGACGCAUGAGUCUGGAAUGAUUGAAACAGACGACGAAGUGCUCGAAAUUGCUUUUGAGAAGACCCAGGAAAACGUUGAACUUUCGCUGAGUCUAACUGGCAAUACAAUCCGACCAGAAAUGGCCAAACGGUUGAUAGAAGAGACAGUGGAGGGAGAUGUUGUAACUUACAAAAUAAGGCUGCCGCAAACAGGAAAUUACGGAAUCAAAGUUAUGGGCAAUCGUGGGAAAGGAAAUGAGAGCGUUUUCGAUUAUGUAGUGCAGUACAAAAAAUCUCACAAGAAAAAAUCAAAGCCAACGCGGGAAGCAGCCCCAGAAAUUCCUAAACCGCCUCCAGAGCCACAAGUCCAGAGAGAUCCAAGAAUAACGGAGUAUCUAGAAGCAAUGAAGAGAGCCAUACAGGACCAGAACGAGACAGACCUGGAACUGGCCCUAGAUGACCUUAAGAAUCUGGGACUGGCAUCUGUCAAGGACGAUAUCCAGUAUGGCGAAAACGAACUCAAUGUGAUGAGAUGUCGGCGAGAAUUGAAUGAAGGAACAGAUAUGAAGGACUUGGAUGCUAUUAAGUCAGCCCUGCAGCUAACAAAGACUAAAAAUGUCGAGAACCGAUUAGUGGAAGAGGUUGUUCGCGCCAAAUCCAUGCUGGAACGUCUGCGAAAUAUCGCCAAACUGAUGCAUGCUGUCCUGGGCUUGGAUCAGAAAACUAUUGCAGAAAUUAAAGGAUAUCAACACCCGCCCCCUGCCGUACAUCACGUGAUGAUGGCGUCAUUGCUGUUACUUGGACACUGGGAAGAGGAAACAGAGGAUUGGAAAAAUGUUCAAAUUGCUCUGGGAAAGAUGGGAAAAGAGUCGAUCAAAAGGAAAAUUCAAGAACUUAAGGUUGAUGACAUACCAUUAGAUGUAGCUCUCGGGGCACGUGAUUUGAUUCGAGAUUUUACUUUGGAUCAAGUGCGCAUGGUCAGCGCUGGUGGAGCUACUUUUUAUAUUUGGGUCCGAGGAUUAACAGAAGAAAUUGAAAAAAGAAACGCCGAAAUCGUCCACACUGUUCGUCCAAGAACAAGCAAAAGAAGGAAGGAAAGAACGUCAAUAGCAUAAAGUUUUUAAACACUUCUAUAAUUCAUUUCUAUGCUGCAUAAGGAACCUGUAUUUGCUUUCAAAGAUUGUUUGGUUCAAGAUUCAUGUGCACCAUACUAUGCUAACAUUUAUUUUUGCUAUAGAAUAAAUUAACCAUUAAUUUAUUUGAUACAUGUAGAUCUAAAUGAUGGAGACGACAAUCCCCAGUGUAAACGUUAAUACAUGUAGUUCGGUCAGAGAAUUGUCUAUGUGUUAAGCUUAUAUGCGUUUCAUAUUUCUAGAUUUAUUUUUAUUUACAUUUCUACAUUUAUUUGUAGAUGCUUUUUUAUCACUUUUGAUCUUAUAUCUUAUUAUUUUUACGAAUUUGCCAAUUGUGUGAAUAAUUUGAAAUUAAUGCAAACAUAUGUUCACAUAAGUACAUGUAGAUUUUUUUCUGCAAUUAACUUGUGUGACCAUUUUUACCUUCAUUCCGUCCCAGACAUACGUUGCACGUGGCUGUGUUAUAUAUAAAUUUGUACGUAAACAAGAAAGUGAUAAUAUUACCUAUCAUGGCUUGGAAAUGGAGAUAAUUAAUUUGUAUGAUAUGACAGUUAUUUAUUAUAAAAACGCCAGUAUUUCACAUUUGUAUAUAAAUUCAUAUUCCGUCCAAUUAAACUUUUGUAAUUUAUUG